AGUAAGGAGUGGCGUCCUCGAGGACACGCGCGAGCAGCUGGACAUGUCAUUCUUCAGAGGUCUCUGGAAGAGUAACUCCAAGCACAAAAAGCUUUGCGAGGAAUGGGCCCUGGCCAACAGCUGCGAGUCCGUGGGCCCGAGCACCUCGAGCGCCAGCUGCAGCACCACCAGCUGCAGUACCGCGAGCGCCAGCAGCAGCAGAACCGGGCCCGACGACACCGACAUCCCGCCCGAGACCUUCUUCUCGCUCAAGUACCUCGGCAGCACCCUCGUCGAGUCGCCCUCGAGCGAGAAGGAGACGGCCGACGCCGUAAAGACCAUCGUCGGCAUGGCAAAGGCGAGUGGCAAGAAGCUCCAGAGGAUCUCCCUGGCGGUGAGUCUGCGGGGCAUUCGGAUGACGGAUUUGGCGACCGACGAGGACCAGCUCCGAGUGUCGAUAUAUAGAAUCUCCUACUGCUCGGCGGACGGGGCCCACGACCACGUGUUCGCUUUUAUAGCGACUAAUCCGAACGAGACGCUGGAGUGCCACGCCUACCUCUGCCCCAAGCGCAAGGUCGCCCAGACGGUCACCCUCACCGUCGCCCAGGCCUUCAACAGGGCCUACGAGCUCUGGCAGCUCUCGGAGAUGGACUGUAACUCCCAGGACAAGGAUGCCCAGCUCGAGGAUGAGAAGAAGGAGACGGAUAAGAAGAGCACAAAAGAUAAGCAGAGCGCAACUGAACUCAAUUUGGAAAAGAAGAGCGGAAGCCCAAAAAAUAUAGUGAUCGACAUGGCAAAUGACGUUGUUGUGCAGGCUAAAGUAGAGUCUUGGGUGUCGUUCGACGAGUGUCCGGCUAAAGCUUCCGAUGGCAUACCUCUGCAGGAGCUCAAGUCUCCGACUGACAGUUCCCCGGACAGCUCGACGACUACGCCGACGACGGGGAGCAGUAACCGGUCGGUCGCGACCCAGCAACCCAAGCCUCAGUGCGCCUGGCUGGACGUCGAGUCGGGCUCGCGUUCCCACGCCCUAGACCUUGUCUGUUCCUCGUAG